AUGGCGCCUUUCUCUAUUGCAGACAUCGUGGCCGCCCUCCCCGCGGAGGACACCUGGGGACCGGCCACCGCGGGCGACAACAUGCUCGACGGUGUCCCAUACGCCCCCUUCUCCAAGGGCGACAAGCUGGGACGUAUGGCCGACUGGACUGCUGGGUCUGGAGACCGUGAAAGGCAGGGUCGCCAGAACUACAACAGGAACUUCAGAGACCAGCAAGUCUACGGAGCAGGCACUUCCAGCCUUUUCGCCGUCCAGACAGCCGAAGACGAGUCUUCUUUCUCCGUUGUCGACAACACCCGUACCUCCGCGAAGCGUACCUUUGGCCGUGGUGGUGGCACCGUUUUCCGUGGCCGUGGCCAGCGUGGUGGUAUGGGCCAGAGAGGUGGCCGGGCUGGCUUCCAGAGAGUUGGCGCUGGUGGCCGUGGCCAGGGUGACCGCUACUACGACAGCCGUAAUGCCCGUAGCAACCGCGGACGUCGCUUUGGAUGGAAGGAUUACGACAAGCCGCAGCGCACCCGUGAGCCGUCGAUCAACAUCCGACCCGACUGGACCAUGUUGGAGGAGGUUGACUUCAGCCGUCUCUCCAAGCUCAACUUGGACACCCCCGAUGGUGAGGAUCUCGACACUUACGGUUUCCUGUCCUACUACGACCGAUCCUACGACAAGGCCCCGGUCAAGAACGCCGAGCGCAGACUGCAGUCCUUGGACCGUGCCGCCUACAAUGUCACUACUUCUCAAGAUCCUGUGAUCCAGGAGCUCGCCGAAAAGGACGAAGCCACUAUCUUUGCCACCUCCGAUAUCCUGUCUAUGCUCAUGUGCGCCCCUCGCAGUGUGUACUCGUGGGAUAUCGUCAUUGUCCACCAGGGCAACAAGAUCUACUUCGACAAGCGCGAUGGUGCUUCGAUUGAUCUGGUGACCGUUAACGAGAACGCCGCCGAUGCUCCCAUGGAGGUUGCCGAGUCGUCAGGCAAGCAGGAGUCUAUCAACACUCCCAGCGCUCUGGCCAUGGAGGCCACUUUCAUCAACCACAACUUCGCUCUGCAGACCGUGUCCGAGUCCCCUGAGGCCAAGGUUGAGUUCAACCAGCCCAACCCCUUCUACAACGAAGCGGAGGAGACUGAGCCUCUUGCCUCCAAGGGUUACAAGUACAGACGCUUCGACCUUUCUCUGGAGCGUGACGAGGAGCCCUUCAACCUGAUUGUCCGUACCGAGGUGGACGCCGUCAUGAGAAACCCCGUCACCGGCGAUGACCAGCAGUUGGUUGUCAAGGCCCUGAACGAGUUCGACAGCAAGGCCCAGGGCUCCGGUGGUGCUCUGGACUGGCGCAGCAAGCUCUGGUCGCAGCGCGGUGCCGUUGUUGCCACUGAGAUGAAGAACAACAGCAGCAAGCUCGCCCGCUGGACCACCCAGGCUAUCCUCGCCAAGGCCGACGCUAUCAAGCUUGGUUUCGUCUCUCGUGUCAACCCUCGCUCUGCCUCUUCUCACGUCGUUCUCGGCGUUGUUGGCUACAAGCCCCGCGAGUUCGCUACCCAGAUGAACCUGAACCUGGGCAACGGAUGGGGUAUCGUCCGUACCAUUGUCGACCGUAUCCGUGCUCUCGACGCUGAGGAUGAUGCCGAGAAGGUCAAGAAGUACGUCCUGAUCAAGGACCCCAACAAGCCCGUCAUCCGCCUGUACAGCGUGCCCGCCACUACCUUCGAGGAGGACGAAGAGGCCGCUGCCGAGGAGCAGGAGGCCAAGGAAGCCGAGGAGGAGGAAUAA